CGCGUGGAUUCCACCGCGCGCGCCUCAACUUCCUCCACGCUUCAUACUCGCUCCAUAACUCGAUUCCUACGAAAAUCCGUACAAUUUGACCACUACGAAGCCGAUCCCUCCAGCUACUCCAACACUCUUACAUUCCGAUCUCUUACACCCCAUAACGCCUUCGACCGACGCGACGAUGCCUCCCAAAGAGAAGGCCGCGCCCGAGUCUGCGCCCUCCGACGAGAUCACCGGCCAGAGCGCUCUCCCCAUCUCCCGCAUCAAAAAGAUCAUCCAGCUGGACGAAGACAUCGUCCAAUGUUCCAGUAACGCCACCUUCGUGAUCGCCAUGGCUACAGAAAUGUUCAUCCAAUACCUCACGGAACAAGGCCACAACGUCGUCAAGUCGGAGCGAAAACCGCGCAAGAACAUCCAAUACAAAGAUCUGGCUACCGCAGUAUCGCGCAUCGAUAACCUGGAGUUCCUGGCCGACGUCAUUCCCAAAACGACCACCUACAAGCAGUUCAAGGAGAAGCGGGCAAAGGAAGCCACCAAGGAUGCUGAGUACGAGAAGGGACAACGCACGAUAAACGGGGCUCUACCUCCGACGGAGCAGGCGAACGGAGCGACGGAGGAGCCGGAGCAGUCACCGGAGGAGAAGAUGUCGAAGAGCCCUCGAGCGCCGAUGGUCAUGCAUGCGUCGGGGGCCGUCAGCACGCUGAUGGUGGAUCGCACGGUGGACGGGCAGAAUGGGCAGGACCGGGAUGUGGAGAUGACGGAUGGAUAGAAUUGGCAAUGGAAUUAAAUAGGAGCAUGAUUGGGGGUUUAGGAGUAUAUAGGAUUCUGGUAUAAUUGAUA